AAUGACAUCACCGUUUCUUUUGAGCAAUCUAUUUUUGCCUCUUCGUUUCUCAACAAGCUAUGCAAAAGGUUUACUACAAUCCGCGGUUCUGUCGAAAGCGAAAAGUGCUGUUCUUUGCACUGUCGGAAAGCUGGGGAUAUUCAAAACACAGGGAACAUAAUUCGUAUUUCUAGGAAGGAUUUGUUGGGAUAUUACGGCUACACGUGUAGAAAGAGUGCACUGAGCCAAAUUACCCACGCCAGCUGCAAACUAGCGUGCGUUUGGUUUGGUUUUCUUGUCUUGAAAGAUUUAAAAAUUUCGUCUUAAUGCCUCCACUUCUUUUCGUGCCCAGACCAGCUGAGUCGAAAGUUGGAUGUGUGAAUCGAGCCAAAGAUAUGAGUUGUGGUAAAUGGAAGAGUGUUUCUUCAACUGAACUCGCCCAAAGCCUGAACAAUGUUGGGGCUUCAUCAAAUGCGGCCGAAUUUCUCAUUGUUGACUGUAGAUCGCUAGUUGCUUUUAACGGACUUCAUAUUAGAGGAGCUAUUCAUGUAAACUGCACUGGAAUAGGACGAAAAAGACUAUCUCAAGGAAAGGCAAAGCUAAAAGACUUGAUUUCUUCUGCAGAGGGAAAAGAAAAGUUUAUCAGUGGUGGAGUGGGGACGACCUUUGUGAUAUACGAUGAAUUGUCGAGUGGCCCCGAUGAUUGUAACCCUUGUCGACCGAUUUGCUUAGUUUUACAAACUCUUUUAAAAGAAGGGAAAAAUAUUUCAGUACUAAAAGGCGGACUGAAAGAGUUUUGUAGAGAUUACCAAAACUUGUGUGAAAAUGCACCGGUUAACAUCUGUCACGUGGACGAUUUCCCGCCAUCACCGACCACAUGUGAUUCGUAUCCAGGGCGCCCUCAAGGAACCCCUGUCACUGCUAUCUUACCUUUCUUGUAUCUUGGCAACGAAGAAGGCGCCGCUGACGAGGCUUUAAUUGACAGGUUGUCAAUCAAGUACAUCCUUAACUUGACGCCCCGAUGCCCAAAUUUUUUCAGUCAGAGAUCGGACAUGCAUUACAAGCAGAUUAAAAUCAACGACUCGAAUCAAGAGGACAUUGGACAACAUUUUGACGAAGCAAUUCAAUUUAUAGACGAAGCCCGGGAGCAGGGCAGCGGUGUUCUUGUGCACUGUCACGCAGGUGUGUCACGCUCAGCGACCGUGACAGUAGCGUACAUUAUGAAGCGACAGGGUCUUUGCCUGGGGGAUGCGUACAAGUUCGUCAAGGACCUAAGGCCGGUCAUCUCACCCAACUUAAACUUCAUGGGACAACUCCUGAAGUACGAGAAAAACAAGAGAAACGGCGAGAGUUCCUGAAGCACAGGGAUACAAGACAAGUUGUUUUUCUGAAAAUUUUUUUGAAGCGUUUUGGGCGUGGAAUUCGCUCGUGACACGCUAUGUGUUAGUUUCCAGGCGCUCUCAACGUGAGGCAACCGAGAGAAGGCUGAAAACAAGGGGAAACAAGGGGAAACCCGCAGAUUCCACAUGACGUUCGUAUGUCUUUCAAUGUAUAUAGCGUACAAAUAAUCAUUAUAACUGUAGUUAUGUAAUAGUAAUGUAAACGUGACGAAAGCUAAUCAGUAUUAGAGGCGUGAGAGAGAUGAGAUUCCACACACUCGCUACUUUGACAAAAGAGUGAUAAGUUUGUUAGGUUUUGUAGCAUAUGUUAAUUUUGGUAAUUGUCUCCACUUGUUGAAGGUUUCUUCAAAAUUCGUGACGUUGCUACAGCUUUUCGCGUGUAAAACCCUGCAGAUAGUCGCUCUCGAAGAUUCAUGACAGAGUGCAUGACGUAACUGGCAAGAUUUAAAAAUUGGGAACUUGGGCCUUCCCGGCAGACCUCGGAGCUCUUCCUCGGCUUUACACUGAAACGAGUCCUCGGUGUCACAGUUUCGUAAUAGUGUAUGGAGACUAUCUACCUGCGGAAGAGAAACUUUCCUGUCACUUGGUUUCUGUUUUUGGUUUCUGUAGUCGGAGUAGUACUGGAAACGAGAUAAUAACUUAGCUUUGUCCGCCAUAGCUUCCACGCUCGAUCCCAGAACUCAAAGCGCGUGUUGUUGCACGCUCUUUUCCUUAAAUAGUAAGUACUGUGUACUUCAGAUAUUCUAUGCAAAUGCUGUAUGGAAAAUUAACUUAUACAAAAUGCAUAUAUAUAUAUAAAGAUAUCUAACGGUACGAUGGUAAAUCGUCCCUAUCAGACUGUAUAAAGGGGUAGGGAUAAAUAUAAAUCAAGUUGCUAAAUGAGACGGAAAAAUACUAACUAAUGUGGAGAUUUCAUAACAGUUCAGUUUAGUUCAGUUUUAGUCUUAGUCUAGAACUCUUGGGAGUAUAACUGUUGCAGUAGCUUUCUUCAGCGACAUCUAUUUCUAGUUUGACAAGGAAAGGCCUCGUUGACAUCUGGCCACUAACUGAACAAUUUUUAACUUGUUUUCUACAAGUUGAGACAGAAACCUUUAAGGUGAAAUGGGUCGUAAAUUUGUGAAACGUGUGUCAAAAUAGUCUGAACGAAGCAUUAAGUUGUCAAACCUAAACUCUGUUAGCAAGAUUGGAGUGAGCAGAACUUGAAGCCAACUUCUAAAGUUCGGAGCCUGCAAGGUAUCAAUUGAAAUUAACAGAUGAAUUUCAAGUUUUCGUUUAACGGUGUACUUUUUAUCCCAGUGUGUAGAUAUAUAUAGUUGUGUGGGGUAGGGGGUCGGGAAAGAGGGAACUGUAGGUUUGGAAGUAGCGUUGCGUUACUGGAAGUGCUCUUCGAUGUAACGUUGCGUUUCAGUUUGAGCCUUCCAACCGUUGUCCAUUAACAAAUCACACAGUUUUUUUCUUAUUGUUCGUUUGUACUGUUGUUGUUACUGUUCCUCGCUUUUUACUCAAGGAAGCAAGACUUCUGCGUACACUAAACGUUACUUGAAAAACGACAAUAUAGCUUAUUGCAAAAUAGCUCGACAUUUUAAAUGGCCUCGACAUUUGUAGUGAAGUGUAAUUUAAAUGGCUGUCCGUGGAACAGAAAACGUUUGUCUUCGUGGAGAUCGGAGCACCGCCGAACAUUGCCGAACAUCCGAGAGUCUGCCUGACGAUCUGUCGGAAUUCCCGUGGAUGAUCGGCAAGAGUCGUACUCCUUCGUAAGUAUAUCGUGUUAAAAUUCACUCAUUGUUUAAGUGUUAAGUUUUCUGACGCAGACAUAAUGAUAAAGUUCUUAGAUAAUUUAAUAAUGCGUGCUUAGACGACACCAAUACCAUAGUUAGAAAAUGUCAGGUUGAUAUUUUGUAAUAAACAAGUUAAUUUGUAGGCCAGUAACUGCUAAGAAAUGUGUUGAUUUUUGCAAUAAAACAGAGUGAACUUCA